AUGGAAGUGACUGCAACUACCAUGAUGGACUGGGCUACUGCAACCACUGCGACAAUCGACUAUCCUAUUUCACAGUCGGAUGUUUUUCAAUCCACUCUAGAGCAGCAGCCACCAUCUCCCGAGUCGGCUCGUAUCGACACUACUGCCAUCUUUGAUACAUCUUCAGAUAGGCUUCAGACUGACCCAAUCACGGACAAUGCUGUUCUGACUGAUAUGCUUAUGGAAGAACCACAUAUUAUUCGUCCUGCAGACUCUUUGCAUUAUUUCAAGCAACGUCCUGCUGAGCUUGGUCCUCGCUUGCCAGAAACUUUAACUGCAAAACAGGAUCUGGUAUCUCUAUUCGGCAUACGACCACUAUAUGAUUCAUACAUCAGACCUUACAGAUUACAGUCUACAGCAUCCUCUACUAAACCUGUACAGUUGCAUAAUGGCUCUGAAGAAUCAAAUGGAAGCCCUGCUAAAACUAUGGACUCAUCAUAUACCUCAUAUAUCGCCGAUCUUCCAGGAAAUCCAGAUUUGUCACCAGAUAGUGGAUUGCGAGAUUUGCUAUUUGGACCACAAAUGAAUGUUUCCAUUCAGCCCAUGCCGUUUGACAAAGAUACUCUAAAUGCUGCAUUUUCACUUGUCCCUGGACUCAUACCUGGAUUUGAAGGACUUUUUUUUGGACUAGACAAUUCAAUACCACCAGAUGAAAAAUCUGAAUCCAAAUUAAACUCGCCAGAACACUCAUCACCUACUAAUCACACUACAGUAUUGCCAGCAGCAUCCAAACCCAACUUAAUGCCAGAAGUUUCUGGUGUAGCAUCUUCUAGUGUUAGACUUACACUCAUGCCUUCAAAUCUUAAAGCUACCUCAUCGGCUACGACAGCUUUCACCACACCAGCCAAGUCAUUGACAUCUCCCAUCACUCCAUCUACACAACCUACUAGUCGACCGCCUUUAAAAUUAAACUUGACACAUACUGCAGCAUCAAUAGCUCCAACGACAGCAGCAUCAGCCGUGGCUCCACUUUCAGCCAAUACUUCCGCAACACCCAAGCUGGUCAUUCGAUUGGACAUGCGGCCAGAAAAUGCCAUUGGGUCAGAAAUAAAGAAAAAGAAGCGGCGGAGACCCGAGGAAGAAGAACGACGAAAAAAGAGGUGA